AUGUCAUUAACGCUUUCCAUGCGUUCUCAUACGGCUAGAUGUUUGAUAGCUAGGGCUGGAUCGAGGCUUGAACUAUCAAUUGUGGGAGGAACCAAAUGCGUUGCUCAAUUGGCGCAUUCCAAUAAACCACGAAGCUUCAAAACACUCCCUAUCAGUCAAAACACCUCACAACGUACCAUUGGCCCCCGAGCUCCAACAUCUUACAGAAGUUUCUCCGAAUCAUCCUCCCUCUACAAGAAAAAGACAAAAGCAGACCGCGAAGCCGAAGCCGCAGCACCGACAACUGAAACCGAAGACCCUUUCGAUUUCUCCAUCCUCGAGAACUCAAUCACCAAGACCCUUGACAAACUAAAAGACAACCUCUCAAAACUCCGCACCGGCGGUCGUUUCAACCCAGAAGCCCUAGAAAACGUACGGGUACAACUCGAUAAGAAGUCCAAGAAGACAGAGCGACUAGGGGAUCUCGCGCAAGUCCUACCCAAAACAGGACGUUCCCUGGCGAUUUUGGUUGGCGAGAAAGAUCAUGUCCACGCGAUCGUAUCUGCGAUCCAGGCAAACCCAGAAUUGAAUCUGCAGCCGCAGAUUGAUGCCGAGAAUCCAGUGCAGUUGAAUGUGCCGAUUCCGCCGCCGACAAAGGAGUCAAGGGAUGCGGCGCUGAAGAAAGCUGCAGAGACGGGAGAGGUGGCUAAGACGGGGGUUCAGAGUGCGAGAGCGGUUUGUCAGAAGAGGUUGAGGGGAAUGGAGGUUAAGAAGGUGGUGAGGCCGGAUGAUUUGAAGAAGGCGGGGAAGAAGAUGGAGGGGAUUGUUGAGAAGGGGGUUGUGGAUGUUAAGAAGAUGGUUGAGGUUGCUAAGAAGGGGAUGGAGCAGGCUUGA